CCGGAAUCUAAUGCACAAGCCUGACAAGUCGACCCCGCUCCGGGCUUGAAUGCAAAGAUCACCGACACAACUUCCGACGACGAACACUGACACGCGCCACAAAAUGACAGCCAAGCAACCCAAAGGGGAAGAUACGUAUCUCGCCCAGCCUCCAUCAUCAUCCUGCGGGCUGGGCACUAUCCACGAGGGGACACCGCGUGGCACCCUGGAGACGAUCCUCGAUGUCCCCACCUACGUCGCGAAGCCUACGCCGGAAAGGGCCAACGGCCAUGUUAUCCUAUACUUCCCGGACGUGUGGGGCAUGUCCAACAAUGCCCAGCUGCUGAUGGACAGCUUUUCCGACGCCGGAUUCCUGACACUGGGAAUGGACUACUUCAGGGGCGAUCCAAUGUCCAAGUAUCGCCAGUCGAUGAGUGAUCCUGCCCCAGAAGGCUUCGACAGGACUGCUUGGCGCAACAAGCACUGGAAUUUUGCCACCGAGAAUGUUCCCAAGUGGUUCGACGCAGUCAGGGCCAAGUACGGCAACGAGGCCACCAAGUACGCCUGCACGGGCUACUGCUUCGGGGCUCCCUUCGUGUGUGACCUUCUCGCAGGAGAUUACGUCUCAGCCGGCGCAUUUGCACACCCGACGUCUUUGAAGGAGGAACACUUUGCGAAGCUGAAACAGCCGCUUCUUCUGUCCUGUGCUGAGGACGAUCACGCCUUCGACACCGAGUCGAGGAGAAAGGCCAUCGACAUCCUGCAGAUGGAGAAGAAGCAAUACCAUUUGCAGCUAUUCCACGGCGUGUCGCAUGGUUUCGCGGCCCGGGGAGACCCGGCUGACCCUUAUUCACGAUGGUGCAAGGAGCAGAGCCUGCGGGCGAUUGCUGACUGGUUUGUGUUUUGGUUAGCAGCUUCGCACUAGGUGGCCCCGAAGUUCUUGUGUCUCUCCCCAGUAGGCUGUUAGUCUCCCGAUUUCGUCGAACACUCAAAGUGUGGAAUACAUUCGUACUAGUGUCGUUCAAGAAUUGAGAUCCUCUUCGACAUUGGAGUCGAACAAUAUAUUCUUACAGUAUCCGUAGUCCA